AGUCAGCUGCUUUCUUGCUUCGAGGCUCUGUUGCCUGCUUUUUUUUCACUGUGAAAAAACAAUAGCAGAAUAUACAAACAGUUGUCUGACUUCGAACUUCUCUGCUUUUUGAGCAGCAUUCGACCCUGAAUACUUUUUAAGCUUGCUGAGUCAUGAUGCCUGCGUGCUCGAGCUGCCUCCCCCCCUCUCACUGCCUUGAUCAGCUGGCUCAGGAAACGGGCUAGAGAGUCAGCGGUAGCCGCAGUAACGUCGGUGGUCCUCUGCCGCCUAAUACCUCUUAUCACCAGAGAAGAGGGUCCCGACUAGCCUGUAGCUCCAGCUGGCUUUUUUUUUUUAGGGGGGGGGAGCAGGGAGGUGGGGGAAGUCGAUGUCAUUACUAUGGCAGUGUGAGUGCAUCAGCAGCUAUGUCACAUGCUGCUAGGUGGGUCAGCCAUGCAGAUGGAGGUGCAUGGCAGAGGCAGCAGGUUAGCUCCCCCGUCAUCCAGGAGUCUGACCUGGCUGCGGUGGGCAGCAGGAGGAUGCUCUUCGCCAACUGUGAUGGCAUGCCCGAAAUGCAGCCAUCACGUGUCCCGCCGAGUGUGGCAGACUUGGGUCUGGGCCUGCAAUCUCUCCGUUUGUCUGGUUGGGACAGACCUUGGAGCAGCCAGGAGACUGAGUCACUCUCCUCUCCCUCCCAGGUUCAGACCAGCUCACCCUCAAUGCUGAGCAUCCUGAACAGUCCCUUGAGCAACAUCCUUGGAAAGCCAGCGGCCUACCUGCCCUCAGAGUCCAUGAGCAUGACCGCUGACUUCCUGGAGAAGUUCCCUGGCAUGGCUCGCAUGGCUAACCGUUUGGACUCCAGCUAUUUUUUGGACUCGCGUUCUAGCAGCCCUGAAGACUCUGAGACAAGUGGCUUCAGCUCUGGUUCUGAUCACCUCUGUGAUGUCCUGUCUUCUCUGCGGAUUUCACCUCCCCUGCCUUACGCAUCAAACAUUCAAAAGGAUCUGCUGCGACUGGGCUCCCGCCUAGACCCCCCGGACACCAGCUCUCCUCUCUCCCCGCCAUCCAGCGCCAGCCCGGCCUCGUCUGCUCUUUCUCGCCGCUGGCGCACUGGCUCUCCAUGGCCUGGUGUGGACAUGUUGGACCAAUCGGAUGAAGCGUUCAGCAUUGAGAGAGAAGCACGCCUGCAUAGACAGGCUGCGGCUGUGAAUGAAGCAACCUUCACCUGGAGUGGUCAGCUGCCUCCCAGAAACAACAAGGAUCCUCUCUACUCCUGCAAGGUCUUUCUUGGUGGUGUGCCCUGGGACAUCACAGAAGCUGGACUCAUCAACACCUUCAGUGGCUACGGCCCUCUGACUGUGGAGUGGCCUGGUAAGGAUGGAAAGCACCCUCGCUGUCCUCCCAAAGGUAAUGUGGCCAAAGGCUACGUCUACCUGGUGUUUGAGAAUGAGAAAUCGGUGCGGGCUUUACUCCAUGCCUGCUCUCAGGACCCGUUUCACCCAGAAGAUAACAGGGAGUACUACUUCAAAAUGUCCAGUCGCCGAAUGCGUUGCAAGGAUGUGCAGGUUAUUCCCUGGGUCAUUUCGGACAGCAACUACGUGCGCUCCCCAGCUCAGCGUUUGGACCCCAGCAAGACGGUGUUUGUGGGUGCACUGCAUGGCAUGCUCAAUGCAGAAGCACUGGCUAGCAUCAUGAAUGAUCUGUUUGGAGGAGUCAUGUAUGCAGGCAUUGACACAGACAAACACAAAUAUCCCAUAGGCUCUGGACGUGUGACUUUUAACAAUCAGCGAAGUUACUUGAAGGCAGUGUGCGCAGCAUUCGUGGAGAUCAAAAGCCCAAAGUUUACAAAGAAGGUCCAGAUUGACCCUUACCUGGAAGACUCCAUGUGUCAAGUUUGCCUCCGCCAAGCCGGCCCUUUCUUCUGCAGAGACCAAGCCUGCUUCAAGUACUACUGCCGCUCGUGCUGGCACUGGCAGCAUUCCAUGGACAUCCUGAGCAACCACCGGCCUCUCAUGCGCAACCAGAAGAACAAGGACUCCAGCUAGGAGGGGCCCGGAGUCAGACUCCCCUUUGGGGCCGGACCGCAGAGCAUGAGUCGGCCUGAUGGCCGUCGGUGUGUGGGCGAGGCACUCCACCAGGCACUGGGAUCACUGUAGGAAAUGUUCACUUUUUGCACUUGCUCUAUUUUUGCCGUUCACAGUUGGCACUAUGCACCGUGACCUUGUUGGGAGAGACAAGGGACCGUUCACUUUUGCAGCAUUUUCUCAAACACUUUAGUCAGAUGAAGGUUAAGAAGUGGAGGAAAAUGCCCCCCAAUUUGUUUUUGGUUUACAUGUUGCAUAGUGAAGAGCAGUAACGCAAGUCUCAUUGCCGUUCAUUGGCAAACGCCAUACAGUGCCUUUAAAUUUUUAGUUCCUUCCCCUCAGUUGGCUUUUUUUUUUCCCCCCCUCCUUCCCAGCGCAAGCCAACUGGUGUUUCUUACUUUGGGCGUUGAAUGUUGGGCUUCAUUUAACCAGUCGCAUUUCAGACUUUUACGCAGUUUUUUACUAAUUUGUACACACAACGGUUUUAAGUCAUGACAUGAGAAAUUUGAACAGAAAUUCUACCUGGUGGCUGUUUUGGAGAACAAACUUUUUAUUUUUUUUUCCUCCCCUGAACCUAGGAUUUUUUUUUUCUGACCGCUUUUUUUAUUUGCCCUGGCAAAUUUCAACAUGAUGGGCACAGUUUGGAAUUCCAACUAACUUGCUUUGUUGCAGUUGUAUUGUCAAAUGUGGGUUCCAGUAGUGAUGGAUACUUCAACUUGUCGUUUCAAACAUACCUUGAGUGAAUGUUUCUUUUUUUUGCACUUUUUUAAUUUGCACUUAAGGAGAGGUGACAGUGGUUUUAAUCACAUUAGUACAUUGGUAGGAGGAUGCGGCUGUGAAAGAGCUGCUUGUCUCCUGUUGAAUGUAAGAACUUCCACCUAGUUGAUCAAAUAGUCCACCCAGACCUUCAGUAGACUCCCCAGCGCACACUUUGUAAACCUAGUCUGCCUUCCUGUUGCGGUUGGAUGUGAUUGCAUUAGCUGUGUGCCAAAGACUGUCGUUCCUCUCGCCAUUCAGUUCCUUUCACCCAGCUGCUUUUUACAGUUUGAAAAGUCUACCUCAUUGUGGUCUGCCAAGUUUGCUGCUUACAGUUGUGGAGUAUGUUCAGAUUGGGCACAAUAAAGGUGUUUAAGCAUUAAA